UCACAUUUAUAUUUCCUACAUCACAAGCAGUACGAACAUUUACAGAGAGCAAACAAAUAAAAGUAAUUUUCAUUUUUGUUGGGACAUUGAAUAAUGUCUAACAUGCAAGAUGUUCCGCUCGCCGAGCAGGAGAGCGUGCCAUCUGCGGGCACUGAUUCGGCAAAGCCCAAAUCAAAUACUCUGAAGCGUCUAUUAAAAUUAGGCAAGAAGCCAACUGGCAAUCCUGAUGGGGCGGACAAUACAGAGAAUUCUGUCGAGGAUAUAGCCGAUAGCGAGAUAGAUGUGAAGAAGAGCACUACCAUUAGUCGUUUUCUGACUCGUCUAAAGGGCUCGAGCAAACAGGAUGCCGAUGAGCCCUCGACUAGCAGCAGUUUUGGUGUCGAUGCUGAUGGCAAACCCUUGCCCAACUCAAAGCCCACAUUAAAGUCUUCACUUUCAAAUUAUUGGCGAAACAUCUUCAAACGUCAUCAGGCAGCUAACAAAAAUCAAAAUGCUGCUGUCCAGGAACAAAACGAGGCCGACGAGUUGGAGGACGAGCAGGAACUUAAGACCGCUCACCAUAUUUCAGAAGCCGGAUCGGCUUCGCAAGUUGCAAUCCCCAAGCGCACCGAGGAGCACAAUCCAAUACCUGAGGUUAUAGAAGAGGUGCAAAUGCUAGCCUUGUCUGAUGAUGUUGAACUAUCCGAUCAGAUGGCAGAGCGCAACAACUAGGCAAAGAUUUUAAUUCUGCAUACACAUCCACACUGGACACACACACACAAACACAGUUUUCGUGAUGUUAUGGGCAUAACACUGUACAACACAAAUGCUUUUUUUUGUUAAUAAUGAGCAUAAUUUAUAGGAUUCAAGGUAUUUUCUGAAUACGCUCACAAACAUUUCCGCUUUAAUAGUUAUGUAUAUGAAUAAAAAUAUACAUCUAAAUGCAAUA